AAAUAAAGUUUAAUGUGUUUCAAUCAAUUUUUGUAAUACUUUAUAUUAUUUAUAAAAUAAUAUUGACAUCAAUUAAAAUCAUCAAAUUAUGCUACAAUUAAUUGUAUUUAUAAUUACAUUCAUUGUAUUAAUAAUCGCAUAUUUAUACCACAAAUGGACUUUUUGGAAGCGACAGGACAUACCUACUGAUCAAUCAUCAAGAAAUGGUCAAAUAAUCCAUUUGAUUGAUCAAAAGUGUCAUCAAAAAUAUGGUCGAAUAGUUGGUUAUUAUGAGGGUAUCAGACAGUGUCUGUCUAUAACUGAUCCCAAUCUUAUCCGAAAAGUUUUGGUUACCGAGUUUCACAAGUUUGCCAAUCAUAGGGACCUAACACUGGCCAAUGAGCCACUAUCGACGGCAAUAUUUUUUCAGCCCUACCAUCAAUGGAGACGUAUUCGGGCAAUACUGUCGCCAUUCUUUACUACGGGUCAGCUCAAGUCAAUGAAACCAAUUAUCAGCAAAUCGUUAGACUUAUUGAUCGACAAACUGAAGCCAAAAGCUGAAGACAACGAAAUUCUUGAUUUUCGACUUAUUUUUGAUUCAUUUACUUUUGAUGUCAUAUCCAAGACAACAAUCGGUGUCGACACUGACGCUAUCAAUCGACCGAUUGGUAAUCAAUUAUUUGAAUCCGUCAAAAGUUUAAUUCAUAUCGAUAUGGGGUUUGGCAUUGUCUUAGCCUUCUUGUUCCCGAAAGUCCAGAGUUUAUUAAAUAUUUCAUUUUUCAAUACUAAAAGCCAAUAUCUAAUCGUCAAUACAUUAAAACGUGUGAUCAAUGAAAGAAUCGCUAAUAAAGUUGAUGUCAAAGAUCUACUUCAGAUGACUAUUGACGCCAGUGUUUUGUCAAACAAAGAUAACAAAAACAAGUCUUUUAAAAAGCUAACUAAACAAGAGAUUUACGGUCAAAGUCUUAACUAUUUGGCCGCCGGUUAUGAGACUACAGCCACUCAACUAUGCUUUCUUUGCCAAUAUUUGGCUCUGUAUAGCAAUUAUCAGAAAAGAUUAGUGGAUGAAAUUAAGUCAACAUUUGACGACAUGUCUGAUAUCAGUUAUGAUAAGCUCAUGAAAAUACCAUUUCUGGAUGCUUUUAUCAAAGAGGUUCAGCGGAUCAACUGUUCAGUGAGUCGUAUUGAAAGAGUAGUCAUUGAAGAUGUUAUACUCGACGGUAUAUAUCUGCCAAAAGGUACGCCAAUAAUAAUACCUAUUUAUGCCGUACAUAUGGAUCCUGACUUUUAUGACGAGCCGAACCAAUUCAGACCCGAGAGAUGGCUACCGAACAGUGACUAUACGGUCAUUGAUUACACACAUCUACCCUUUGCCGUCGGUCCGCGCAAUUGCAUUGGUAUGAAGUUUGCUGUAAUGGAGAUGAAGUAUGCAAUCGUCAGUUUGUUGAUUAACUUUGAGUUUGUGGCCACUGAUGACACAGAAAAAUUGAUUUAUGACUGCAAUCCCAGCUCACAAAUUGCUUCACCAAAACAUUUUUGGAUACAAAUUAAGAAAAGGUGUCAUUAA